AAUGAUUCUUGAACACAACAUUUCUCUUCCAUCUCAUUUACAUUCAUUUUUCUUUCCUAUUUUUCUUCCUUCCCUAGUUCCCUCCCUAUCAUAAUAGUACUAAUUUCACUCUCUUAUAUUUUUCUAUAUUUUUUGGUGUAGAGUCCAGAUUUUUCUGUUUUGUUUUACCUCCAGCUUCAAAACUUUUACGAACCAUUUUAUCUUCAGAUUCUCUCUUCCUCGCCUUUAAUCUGAUUUUGGAAAUCCCAAUCUUGCUCUGAUCAUAUCCAAAAAUGUUUUUCCUAAAGGAUGGACAUGAGUUCUUCAAAUCUAGAAGCCACAAAGUUUCCCUACCUUUUGUCUUUUCAUUUUCUCAGUGACACUUCGUUCUCUUCAAACACACUUUGUCAACAACAUCUUUAACACCAAGCACCAGCUACUUGUCAAAUAAUUAACCCCUUUUUUUUCUCUCAGAACUCACACUCUGUGGUGUGGUCUCAAUCCAGGUCAUUACUCAUUGCAUUCAUGAUUUACUUUUUAUGUCUGAUUUAUACACAACAUUUGUUUUUUUUCUCUCUUAUUUUGGAAAAAAAAUCUUAUUGUGUUAUCUCUCUCUGUCUCUCUGUCUCUAUGUGUUAUCUUCCUCUGAGCACUAUUGAACCGAUGGUUACCAAGCACAUUUCACGGGGAGCUGUUGAAAUGACUUGGAUGAUACAUGGUGUUGACUACUCAAGGCUUUCAUGGCUAUUAUUUGGAGUCUUCUCCAUGAGAAUCAUAAGUGAAUACUUAAGAUCCUUUAGCACCCAAUUUCAAUUUCUUCUUAAAGUUAGCUUGAGAUUUAUAGAUCAUAUAUAAUUGUAUUGCUUUGUUGCUAAGUUUAAAUAGAACUUCUCUUGCCAAUUGAGCUAUAUAUCUGGAUGGAAUUGUCUGAUACAAGCAAUUUAGCCAUGUACAAGGGGAGAUUCUGCACUAAUGGUGGAAUAAAGGCUCAGCUUGGUUAUGUUGAAACCGAUCCUUCCAAUCGAUACGGACGUUUCAGGGAUGUUCUGGGAAAAGGAGCUAUGAAAACUGUGUACAGGGCAUUUGAUGAACACCUAGGAAUUGAAGUGGCUUGGAACCAAGUCAAACUCGGUGAUGUAUUUCAUUCACCAGAGCAACUUCAGCGUCUUUAUUCAGAGGUUCAUCUUCUCAAGCACCUUGACCAUCAAUCCAUGAUGAUCUUCUACGGUUCUUGGAUCGAUGUCAAUGGUAGAACCUUCAAUUUCAUCACCGAAUUGUUCACCUCCGGCACCCUCAGAGAAUAUAGGCAGAAGUAUAAGCAAGUGGAUAUGAGAGCAUUGAAGAAUUGGGCUCACCAGAUUCUAUGUGGAUUGGAGUAUUUACAUAGCUGUGAUCCUCCUGUGAUCCAUAGAGACCUCAAGUGUGAUAACAUCUUUGUCAAUGGCCAUAUGGGGCAGAUCAAGAUUGGUGACUUAGGCCUUGCAGCUAUACUUUGUAGCUCCCAAGUUGCCCACAGCGUCAUAGGUACACCAGAGUUCAUGGCACCAGAGCUUUAUGAAGAGAGAUACAAUGAGCUUGUAGACAUAUACUCCUUUGGCAUGUGUAUGAUAGAGAUGCUUACUCUUGAGUUCCCAUACAGUGAGUGCUCCAACCCAGCUCAAAUAUACAAGAAAGUUACUUCGGGGAAGCUACCAGAUGCACUUUACAGAAUCCAAGAUUUGGAAGCCAGAAGGUUCGUGGGAAGAUGUUUGACAAAUGUAUCAAGGAGACCUUCAGCAAAGAAGCUCUUGUUGGACCCAUUUUUAGCCACGGAACAACUUGAAUCGCUGCCAAGCACACCAAUAUCUACAUAUCAAACUCACAAGCUUAAUUCCACUUUAGCAGUUGCCAAUGAGCACACUGCAAAAGUUGAUAAGACAAAGAGAAACACAGACAUGACAAUCACAGGGACAAUAAAUGAAGAGAACAACACCAUUUUCCUUAAAGUGCAGAUACCUGAUGAAAUGGGGAAAGCAAAACAUAUAUUCUUUCCAUUUGACACAAGAAAAGAUACUGCUGCUGAGGUAGCCAUGGAGAUGGUGCAAGAACUUGAAAUUAGCCACUUUGGACCAUUAGAGAUUGCUGCAAUGAUAGAUCAUGAGAUAUCAGCUUUAGCUCCAACUUGGAAGGAUAGGGGCAAGUGUAAGCACCAGCCACAGCACAGCUUUAACUAUGAAGAAGAUGAGGAUAUCAAUAACCAUCAUCCUUUCUUCUUAUCAUCUUCUUCUUCAUCUUCCCAUCAUGGUUCUCUCCCGAAGUCUAGCUCCUCCUCCAAGACCCAUAUCCGUGGGAACCAUCACAAAUUUACUCAAGAUGAUGACAUGUUCAUGAAUGGCGAUGCAAGCUCUCAAAGCUCGAUGAACUCCUACAAGUGUUCCAAUUUUCAAUAUUGCCACUCGGUAAAUAAACACCCAAUAGUAGAUGGAAAUAAACACAACAACAAGACGUCCACAAGACCACAUCGUGCGGAAUUGGAUGAAGCUAAUAUCAGCAAAUUACAACUUGGCUACUCGACAAAGGACUCUUGCAAUUUCAGAUGUGGUGCUUCAAGCCAUGGGUGUUCUGGACAAACAAAAGUUCGUUCUUACGUGGAUGAUCGGAGGAGCCAGCAGGUUCAACGCUCAAUGAUAUUGGAGAUGUACAAGAAUCGUAAUUCCAACACAAUAGGGGGUGUUGAAGGCAUUGGGUUUCAACCACCAAAGAGAGGUGGACGAAUUCGUCGUCUAAGUCUUGAUGAGUAGAUUGUAUAUUUUAAAACUUAUAAUCAUAUUAGGGAAAAAGUGAUUCAGAGAGGUUUAGACUUAAAUCCAACCAUGUUGUAAGCUCUUCUUUUCCUAAGUUUGGAAGUAUGUUGUUGUUGCUUUGCUUUCUGAUGGUUGAUGUGUGCAAGUGAUAUUAGUGUGUGUUUGGAAAACUCAUCCUGGAUUCACGUUUCGUCCCGAUCCACGUUUUCAGAAGUAAUAAUAAAUAGUUGUUU